AUGAAAAAAUUGACAUAUGAAUAUCAAAUUGGUAAUAUUAAGAAUUUAAUAGAUAUGAAUCAUCAAUUAGGAAGAUUAUAUUCUCUAAUAUCUUCAUUUUUAGAGGAAUUGAGUGUAAUUUUUGUAAAAUUAAAUCUUUUUGAAACACUAAAUUCCAAAAGCAAAUUAGGGGAAAUAAAUGAAGGACAGAUGGUUGACUAGAUAAGGUUGAACCCUUCUGUUAAUUUCAUUGGACUCUUUAAAAUGAUGAUAGUAGCCUCCAAUUAAUCAAGGGAAUAUAAAGUAGAGACAGUGUUAGAUAGAGGUCAAAAAAUCAGACCUUAAUUAAACUCUGAAUAACAAGGUUGA